AUGGAGAGUCUGGUGGAAAACGGUGCCGGGCAACUCACCAUCCACAACAUCCAGCCACCUACAAAGACGAAACGAGCACCGACGGGCGCUUUAACCGCAGAGGACAAGGCGAACCAGAAACAUCUCGCAGAGGCACGCAAGAAAUAUGGACGGGGUCGACCUGUCCGUCUGAGCGAGGUCAAGGACAAGAAACUUCGUGCCGAUCUCAAACGCAUCGAGGACAAGUACCGAACCGCGGUGCUCAGUGCAAAAGAUGCAGAAAUUCUCUACGAGAACCAGGAUGGCUUUCUCCAACCCGAGGCCGAGCUCGAGAGGACGUACAAAGUCAGACAAGAGGACAUACUUGACGCGGUCGGGGUCCAGCAGGCGAAAAAGUCGAUCGAAUUCAAACUCGACCUCGGCGCCUACGUCUCAGACUACACACGCAACGGUCGCAGUCUGCUUCUCGCAGGACGCAAAGGACAUGUCGCCACAUGUGAAUGGCGAGCAGGGAAGCCAGGGUGCGAACUGCAUCUGAACGAGACCAUAAGAGACGCCAAGUGGCUGCAUAAUGACCAAUACUUUGCCGUGGCGCAGAAAAAGCACACAUACAUCUACGACCACGCCGGCGUCGAGAUCCACUGUCUGAAGAAGUACGUCGAGACCACGCACCUCGAAUUCCUGCCCUACCAUUUCCUCCUGGCUGGCAUCGAGAACAGCGGGUUCCUGCGCUACACGGACACGUCGACCGGACAGAUUGUGGCAGAGCAUCCGACUCGAAAAGGUGCGCCUACGUCGCUGGCUCAAAACCCCUACAACGCCAUCCUGCACGUCGGACACCAAAACGGCACGGUGUCGUUGUGGUCGCCCAACUCGACGACGCCGCUGGUCAAGAUGCAAUCGAACGCCGGGCCCGUACGAUCUAUCGCUGUCGACCGGUCAGGGCACUACAUGCUCUGCGGCGGCCAGGAUCUGCGGCUGAAACUGUGGGACCUCCGAGCGCUGAAGGAAGUGCACUCGUACACGACGCGACAGCCGGCGACGAGCAUCGACAUCUCCGACCGCGGCCUCGCGGCGGUGGGCAACGGCACGGGGGUGACGAUCUGGAAGGACCUCCUCUCCUCCACGGGCUCAUCGGACCCGGCCAAGGUGCAAUCGCCGUAUCUCAACUGGGGCUACGACGGACAGCGCGUGGAGCGGGUCCGGUUCUGCCCGUUCGACGACGUGCUGGGCGUCGCGCACGCGUCCGGGUUCAGCAGCAUCAUCGUCCCCGGCGCCGGCGAGGCCAACUUCGACGCCCUCGAAGUCAACCCGUACGAGACGCGCAAACAGCGCCAGGAGACCGAGGUCAAGUCCCUCCUCACCAAGCUCCAGCCGGACACGAUCGCCCUGGACCCCGACUUCAUCGGGACGCUCGACCGACGCAGCGCCGAGCAGCGGAAGCGCGACAAGGAUCUCGACGCGCCCCCGGACGACCCGCUGGCCAAGUUGAAGGAGCGCAACCGCGGCCGCGGCAGGAACAGCGCUCUGAGGAGACACCUGAGGAAGAAGGGCGGGAAGAACGUCGUCGACGAGAAGAGGAUGCGCCUGGAGGAGAUGAAGAAGGAGCGCGCGGAGAGGGCGAAGAACAAGUUGAUCCAGGACAAGGUCGAGCUGGGACCUGCGUUGGCCAGAUUUGCGAAACGAGGAGCUUAA